UUUUUUUUUUUUUUUUUUUUUUUUUUCGUUUAAAUUGAUGAUAAUCUUUAAAUAUUAAUUAAUGUGACAAAUUAAAUGAUAUAAAAAAAAAAAAAAACAAAAAAACAAAAUAAAUAAAAAAAAGUUGAAAAAAUGAAAAGUAACAAAAAAAAUAAAAAUAAAAAUAAAAAUGAAAAACAACCAACGAUAAUGUUGUAAAAAUGUAUAGCGAAUUCAAUCGUUUUUAUCGAAUAAUUAUAAAGAAAAACGUAUAUAAUAUUCGCAAUUUUUUUUUUUUUUUCGUAAUAAUUAAUAUAACUAAUAAUAACAAUGUAAAUUUGAACAUAAUAUUAUUGAAUAAAACGUAUGAAAUACUGUUCUCAAUGAAUGAUGAUGGUGAAUGAUCAGAAAAAAAAAAAAAAAUAGCCACAAAAUAAUUAUAAAAUUUCUGCAUUCAAAAUGAUUUUUUAACAAAAUGAUUUUGUACUUAAUUUAUCAUGAAUUUUAAAUUCAAUUGAUAAAUAUUUACGGCAAGAUAUUGUGCAGUUUUUUUCAUUGCGACUACUCCGGCUUUUAAGUGAUUUUUUUUCUUUUCUUUUUCUAUAAACUUGUAUUUUUUUUUGUGUUAUUAAAUUGUAUUUGUUAAAAUUUAAUAACAUAGAACGAAAAGACUUUUUAUCUUUGAUAGCCAUUUUUGUUCCCAUCAUCAGUUAUUGUAUUGUAUGUUAAGUUGUGUUUUUUUUUUUUUUAUAUGGAGAAGCGGAUAUAUAUAACGCAAAAAGUCGUGCCUUCCCUUUUGCAUUCAUACCAAUAACUUUUUUUUUUUUUUAUAUAUAUAAAUAACAAACCAUCUUCAAAACAUCUCGUUGAUAUAACAAUAACAAUAAUCAUCUAUAUAAAAUAUUAAAAAUAGUAGAACAUGUAUGAAAGUUUCAUAUUGAAUGAAUAAUUAUGUAAAAAAAAAAAAAAAAGGAAUUACUAAUUGUAGUUGAAAACAAAAAGGUAAACGUUAAAUGCAGCUACGAUUAAAUAAAUUUGUCAAAACAAUUUUAAAUUGAAAAUAAUAAUUAUAAUCAUCAAAAAAAUGAGAUUAUAAAAGUCAGUCUUAAUUAAUAUCAAUGAGAAUUUUAAAAAAGUCAUCAUUAUUAAAGCACUGAUUUAAAAAAUAACGACAUUUUCAUAUUUGUACUUUGACAUUUACACGAAACAAUAAACUCCAAGGAUAUUAACAAUUUGUAAAAAAAAAAAGUUAACUAACAAUGAAGUAUUCAUAGCUUCAAGAUAAACAAAUAAUUAAUAUUGUUAACAUAAUAAUAUAGCAUACUGAAUUUAAUUAAUUGAUUUAAUUAAUUAAUUCAGUAUACAUAAGCGGAUGGAAAAAAUAAUAAUUCAAGUUACAAAUAAACUAUCCAAAAAAGCACUGAAAAAAAAAAUAAAAAAUAAAUAAACAAAAAAACAUGAAUAAUUGAAUAUUACAAAAAAUUAGAAAAAUGAGAAGGACAAAAAUAAUAGGUUUUUUUUACAGAUCAAUUGAAAUUAAUGAUGAUAUAUUAUUCAAAUAUGUACAUACAUAAAAAAAAAAUGCUUUUUAUAUGUGAUAAAAUUAUUAUAUUUCUAUUGAUAUAUAAAAUAAGAGCGGAGCGCUGUUGUAAAUCCUGGUUUUUUGUACACAGACUCGUAUACUAAGUUUUACUUUUUUUUUUUUUCUUUCUUUCUUUCUUUUUCUCUCUCUCUCUCUCUCUCUCUCCCACAUUGUUAUUACUGACAAUGUAAUAAAUAUAAUUAAUUUAAUAUUUGAUUGAAAUAACAAUUAUGUAAAAAAAAAAAAAAAAAAAAAAUUGUUAAAAUAACGGUGCCUCUAUAAUUACUCUCUUUAUCUAAAAUCAUGUGUGCGAAAAUUAAGCUUUUUUAUAAAUAUUAAAACUUAAUAAAAUCAAGCUUUUAUAAUUUUUCAUUUUUAAAAAUUUAAUAACACAUAUAAGUGAGAAAUUAAAGAAGCACUAUUGUAAUAUUUUAAUUUUUUUGUUUUAUUAUUAUAUUAUUAUUAUUUUUUAAAUAAUAAUAUAACAAUUAAUUCAAUAUUGCUAAACAUCAAAUUUUUGGCUUCUCAAUUUUUCUAAAAUAAUAACAUAAAAAUUUUCAUCAAAUUAUCAUAAAACAAAAUAUAAAAUAUAAUUAAAAUAAUACUAAUAAUAAUAAUCAUACUCAAUUGUCGUUAUCACAUUUUUCAAAUUUUUUUUUUUUUCUUGAUUUUAUCUUCACCGUAAUACAAUCAUGCAAUUUGUUGCUCAGAAUUCUAGUCAGUAAUGAGCGCUAAACAAAAAAUUAUUUAAAAAAAAAAAAACAACAAAGUUGACAAUUAAUUUAUAAAAUUAUUUCAUUUUUCAAAAUUAAAAAUAAAUUUAUUUCACAUUUAAUAUAUUUUUUUUUUAAUAAUUUGAUAAUUGAGAGUAACGGAAUAAAAAGAAAAAAAAAAUUUCCAAAAAACCAUUGUGUAUAUUAUAUAAAAUAAUUACUUAACAAUUUUUACCAAAGCCAAAAUUAUAAAUUUUUUUUUUUAUUUUCUUGAUAAAGAAAUUGAAUAAUAAAAGAAAAAAAAAAAAAAAAAAAAAAUGGGUUUUUAAUUAAUAGAAAUUUUUGAGUGCUGUUUGCAAGUGUGGGGAGUUAUUAUUUUGACGAAAUAACAGAAAAUGAAAAAAAAAAAUUUCUAUAACAAACAAAUUACUAAUAAUGAUAAUAAUUAUAACUAUAAUAAUAUAACGAAUAAAAUGAAAAUCUGUUGUGUUCGAUUCGCGAAUAAAAAAAGAAAAUGAAAAAAAAAGUAUAUAAUGUGAUUGACAAUUGAUGAACACACAUAAUGUGAAAUUGCGUACUCUAAGAAAUCAAACAUAUGUACAUAAACAACAUUACAUACAUAUAGUAAAAGGAGAAAAAAAAAACUAAUAAUAAUAAUACAUUUAAACAAUGAUAAACAAUGAUAAACAAAAAAAAAAAAAAACAUGUAUAUCUCAAAAAUUGCGCUUGUGUUUUUAUGAUUUUUAUUUCACAUAAGAUGUUAAGUGUUUUUACACAUAAAAAAUAAAAAAAUUUUUUUAAAAAAAUCAAAUCAAAGAGCCUUUCUAUGUUGCUAUCACCAUAGCAUGAUGAAUUGUAGAAUAAAAAAUUUAAAAUGAGAAUCAACAAGAGAUCUCUUCAAGGCCUUUGAAAUAAAAAAUAAAAUAAAAUAAAAAAAAAUAUUUAAAAACAAGAGGAUUCUUGCAAUAGUUAUUAUACAAAAAAAAAAAAUGAUAAUUAAAAAAAUGUUUUUACUUGAAUAUAAUACAUACGUCGUGUUGUAAUGUAAAUAAAUAAGUAUCCUCUUGAAUCUACGACUUAAAUUUUUAUUUUACUUGUUAAUUGCUAUUGGUUUUUUUUUUUUUUUGCAUAAAAACAAUAACAACGAUAACAAUAAAAAAAAUAAUAAUUAGUAAAAGAAAAAUCUCAUAAAAUAUAUAGAAUAAUAAUUUAUUUAUUUUGUAAAACCAUUAAAAUAUAUUAUUUGAAUCUAUUGAAUUAUUGUGAAAUAUAAAAUAAACAUGACCUUUUUUUAGCAACUGCUUUAAACAUUCGAUGAUAAAAUAGCAAGUCAACAUUUUUUUUUAUUAAACUUGUGAUAAUUAUAAUCUUGGUUAAAUUAAUAUCCAAUAACACAUUGAACAAGUUUAAUCUCAGUUAUAAAAUUGUUCAAUAUAUUGAAUGUACUGUUUAAACAAAUUAAUUUUUUUUCUAAUAAUAUAAAAAAAGUAAUUUAUUUAUAAUAAUUAUGAAUACAUUUACCUGUAUUGAUGAUUAUGAAAAAUUUGCUUUAAAAGUAUUAACACCAUCUGUUCGAGAUUAUUAUAAAAGUGGAGCAGGAGAUGAGAUAACAUUAAAUUGGAACAAAAAAUUAUUUAAAAAGUAUAAAAUACGUCCAAGAGUAUUGAGGGAUGUUUCAAAUCGUGACAUUAGUACAGUUAUUCUUGGUAAUAAAAUUUCAAUGCCAUUAGGUGUUGCACCAACAGCUAUGCAAAAAAUGGCUCAUCCCGAUGGAGAAUGUGCCAAUGCAAAAGCUGCUGAAAAGGCAGGUACAAUAUUUAUACAAUCAACAAUUUCAACAUGUAGUAUUGAAGAAAUUAAUAAUGCAGCACCAAAUGGAAUAAAAUGGCUUCAGUUAUAUAUUUAUGUUGAUCGUAAUUUAACAAUAAAUUUAAUAAAACGUGCUGAAUGUGCUGGAUACAAGGCUAUUGCUUUAACUGUUGAUACACCAUUUUUUGGUCAUAGAUAUGCUGAUGUAAAAAAUAAAUUUUCAUUACCAUCACAUUUAAAACUUGCUAAUUUUGAUGAUAUAAUAAGUCAAGUAAAUAGUGAUGAAAAAGGAUCUGGUUUAAAUAAAUAUGCUGUUGAUCUUUUUGAUGAUUCACUAUCAUGGAAGGAUAUUAUAUGGUUAAAAAGUAUCACAAAAUUGCCAAUUAUUUUAAAAGGAAUAUUAAGAGCUGAUGAUGCUAUUUUAGCAGUUAAAUAUAAAGUUGAUGGUAUUAUUGUAUCAAAUCAUGGAGCAAGACAACUUGAUGGUUCUACAGCAACGAUUGAAGUAUUGGAAGAAAUUGUCAAUGCAGUUGAUGGUAAAAUUGAAGUUUAUUUAGAUGGUGGAAUUCGAAAUGGUACAGAUGUUUUUAGAGCACUUGCAUUGGGUGCAAAAAUGGUAUUUUUUGGACGUCCUUUACUUUGGGGUCUUGCUCAUAGUGGUGAAGAUGGAGCUACAGCUAUUUUAGAAUUGAUGAAACAAGAUAUUGAUCAAACUUUAGCAUUGGCAGAUUUUUUGUGUCAAUCAUCUGAAAAUAGUGAUCAAAAGUCUAAUCUCUCCUGACACAUGUAUUUGUUAUUCCAUAACAAAUUAUGAGUUCAGGUUAAAUUUGGCUGCGGUGAGAAUGUCGUGCGAUACGCACUGGCCAUAUCCUAUAUGAACGCCCAACAUUCAA